AUGCCCCAGCAUGUAGCUAAAGGCAUAGCACAAGGUGACCUCGAUCCUUUUACUAAAGAAGCAUUCCAGAGAGAAUGUGGCAAUGCUGAAAAGGUGCUUAAUGGAACUUACCAACUCAAGAAUUUCAAUCCUGAAGGUGAAAGGAAAAAGCUUGAUUUGCCUGCACAGAAAAAUCUCCUGACUAACUACUUCUGUUUUGCCACUCUUGAGGCAAAGAGCGACUUCAGGGCCCCUCGAGUUGCACCUAAGCAUCCAAAUGCAAGCAAUGAAACUUCAAGUCCUAAUUUUGAUGUCCAUACGGACUCUGUAAAACAUAGCGUCAACACUGAUAGUCCUGAGUUUGUGGAGUCCCAAGACGGCGGACUACAUAACAGAGAAGUUGGAGAUGACACUGAAAUGCUACAAAAUACCUUGCUACAAAGUUCAGUCUAUAAGCCUUGUGUUGUGUUGCACAAGGAUCGUGCCCCAGAUCAAGAAGUUGGCAAAAUGGUAUCAAAAACAAAAGAUAUAGUUGUGAGGAGCUCCUAUUUUCUGCACAAGUCCACAAAGGAAAUUUACAAAGAAAAUAAGAUUGACGUGGAUCAGAAUGAUUCUAACAGAUUUGAGAAUCACAUAUAUAAGUCUGUCUCAGAAUCAUCUGAUGGAAAAUGUAGAGCAGAAAACAAAAAAGUUAUCCUACAGAGUUCUUAUUUUCAGAACAACAUGACUGAUAAUGGUAAUUUCAAGAGAGAGAAUGAAUUAGUAAAAAAAGAUGCUGUCCAUAUGCAUAUGUUUGGUUUUGAUGCUGGUGAGUGCAAAACAAAAAUCAACAACAAAAAGGGUAGGGUCAGAAGUUCUUAUUUUCAGCCAAAUUCAGUAAGCGAGCAUAACCAGGACUCCACAUCUGAGGACCUUGCAAUUAGAGGCAAUGUUUCUACUGAGACAUGUGAAUAUACUAUUCCUGGAAGUUCUUCAAGUGAUGACUAUGCUGAAGGCACAAUAAAGAAAAGAAAAGUUGCUUAUGUGUAUUCUCAAAUAGAAGAAGUGAAUGGUGCAAAUCUGACAUCGGGUACCUGCACAUCUAAAGUGGACGAAGAGACAAAAUCCGAAGGAAAAUUUGGGUGCAGUAUAUCUCAUUUGAGCCAUUAUUCUGACAUUGCCGAGAAAUCAAUGGAAAAGUUUGUUUCAGUGAUGUCAUCGUUCAGAUUUACCUCGACUGGUUCACGUGCAAGUGGUCUUCGUGCCCCUCUAAAAGAUAUAAAGAACACAUGCACAAAAAGCUCAACUCAUGACAUGGAUCUGAGCAAAUUCACAUAUGAGCCCACCAAGGAGAAAGCACCGUCGCGACGUCGUAAAAGCUAG